AUGCAGCUGCCCUCUGCCCAUCGACUGCCCGACAAGUCCCCCGCGGAGAUCUUUGCCGGCCUCCCGGCUCAGACCAGGAAUGUUCUUCUCGGUUUUGAUGUUGAUACACCGAUGAGUAAUGAUCACUGGGCGUUACCAAUGCUAUCAAAGUCUCUGAGAGGCGUCCCCGGCAUCCACGGUGUAUACUCUGAUUACAUCAGCGGCCAACCUCUAUUCAGCACUGACGAUCAAGUCCUCGAUGGGAGUGGUGACUGUACCGGCUUGUUACAGUUCGUCAAACCAGUGUCACCAACGAGUGUUGUUCUUAUGAAGAGCUCUCAAGACCCGGGCACGAUUGAUAUCAUUACGCCUCAGAAGCGAUGGGUUGUGACGAACGACUCUCAAUCUGGCAAUAGUGUUGACCUCUCGAGGGGAUCUGAAGCUCUCCAAGUUGGUUUGCGAGUAGGAGCACCAUCGCCUGGCCACAAUGCUAGCGUUAAUCACAUGUUGGAAUAUGCAGUCUACGGACCCCACUUCAUCGGCAAGUAUCUUCCCCAUGCUGGGCCGAAGGGGACUGACAUCUAUUGCGUCCAACCAUCAGCAGUGAAGUCGAACAUGCACUGGAGCAAGGCCUUCCACUACACUAGUCUUGUGAAUGACGCUGGCUAUCAGCCUGAUAAGCAUGAGAUGUGGAAGUUCAUGACUGUUGAUUCAUAA